AUGAACGAACUUCGGCCUCAGAUCUCAGGAGUUCUCCGAGAUGUGGAAACCAGUAUGCCGCGGGAGGAGAUGCAGAACUUUCAGCUCUUCAUACGGAAGGCGCGCCAACGCCUUGGUAUCACUCCAGAAGCAGCCAGACGGCGCUUCAGGGACACACCCAAGAAGCCGGAUGCUUCCGCCGUCGACUUGGCUUAUGCGAUACAACGCAACAGAGAACUUUGGGUGCAGGUAGCUAAGAUAACUUCGCUAGAAGAGUUUUCCUUUCGCAUAGAUCUGGAACAAUUCUUGACUUAUUUUCCUCCUGACGUGGUCCAUCAUGUGUUGGACAAGGACCCCAAGACACUGCAAGAAGCUGCAGAGGCUACGGACUCAUACCUGGACCUCAAGCGAGCUCAACCUCCAGUGCCCAGUGCUGGAUAUCUCAAGAAGUCGCAGCCUGGACAUCAUUUUCAAUGCAAGGACAUCUCUCAGCCUCAACAUUCCAAGGCUGCUACACCGAAUCCACCCCAACCACCCCGUCAGUCGCAGCCUUCUCAGCCACAAGCCCGUCAGUCUCAAGCUUCUCAGCCACAAACAUCUCAACAACCUUCAUCGUCUUCACAAGGUAAACCUAAGGCCAAAGAGGCACCUAAAUGCUAUUCUUGUGGACAAUUAGGCCAUGUGAGGGCCCAAUGCCCACAAAACCCUACAACAAUAAAUGUGAUGGCUCAGGCCGAAGCUCACGUGGCUGAGUCUGGUGCAACAGUAGAGCCUGAUCCCUCCAUGAUUCCUGUUCACCUCAGACACACCCUGUGGGUGGGUGACAAGGAGGUGGUAGCUUACAGGGAUUCAGGCGCACAGAUUUCAGCUCUGCAUCAAUCCUUUGUGGACCCUAACCUCAUCAAUAAUGACACCAAGAUUCUGGUAAAAGGCUUCAGGGCACCACCGAGUCUCCUGCCGACGGCGAGAGUCCCCAUCAAAUACAGAGGAUGGACGGGACUCUGGACUUUUGCAAUAUACAGCGACUAUGAAUGCCCUGCCUUUGUGGGGGAGGACUUGCACCGCCAUGUCCAGGAGGCUCAGCGAAGUUCCCCGCGCCGUCCCAGACCAAGGCGAAACAGCAGCGAACCCAGGAUGCCUAGUCAUGCCAGUGCACCACAGGAGGCUCCUCGGGCAGACGUGGUCCGCCAGGGCGAACAUGGUGUGACAAUGCCAGUCUCUCAUCCUACAACACCCCUACCUGAGGGAGGAGGAAGGGAUGUGGUCCCAGCAGCUGUGGCCGCUACGCAGCAGCCACAGCCACAGGAUAUCCCUGAACCACAACGGGAUAUGUCGCCACCAGCGGACACUGUGGCGCCAACUCCUGUCCCAAAUGGGGACAACACUUCGCCUACAACUGGUGAACUCCCUGCUCUACCUUCUGUGGAGGAGCAGCCAGUUCCGGUCUCAAGGGAACAGUUCCAGAAGGAACAACACUCGGAUCCAACCUUGCAGGCAAUGUGGUCUUUAGCGAGGGGUGAGUCACAUACCACUUCUUCAAAUGACCGCAGCAAGUUUGUGGUGGUAGAUGGCCUGCUCUACCGUGAAUUCUGGCCUAAGGACUUUAAGGAAGACUGGUCACCACUAAGACAACUAUUGGUCCCAGCUGCAUACAGGGCCAAACUACUCAGCCUGGCGCAUGAUCACCCUAGUGGCCAUGCAGGAGUUACGCGAACGAAGGACAGACUUAAGAAGGCUUUCUUUUGGGACGGGAUGAACAAGGAUGUAGCCAUCUUUGUCCGAUCCUGCUUGGUCUGUCAACGCAUGGGAAACUCCAAGGAUCCAGCAAAGGCUCCUCUACAACCACUACCAAUCAUAGAGGUACCUUUUCAGAGAGUGGCAGUGGACAUUUUAGGGCCUCUUCCCCGGAAAACUGCCAGGGGAAAGCAAUAUAUCCUCACAUUGGUGGACUUUUGCACACGGUGGCCAGAAGCUGUCCCACUGGGUGCUAUCUCAGCCAAGGCCGUGGCUCAGGCAUUGACGGACAUCUUUGCCAGAGUAGGGUGGCCUUUGGAGAUCCUGACGGACGCAGGGACUAAUUUUAUGUCCAAGGCCAUGGACCGUCUCUGGGAGACACAUGGAGUAAAACACCUCACUUCGGUCCCUUAUCACCACCAGACAAAUGGCCUCGUGGAACGCUUUCACUCUACCUUAGGGACCAUGAUACGAAAGUUUGUGGAUGAGCACUCCAAUGAUUGGGACUUGGCGCUUCAGCAAUUCCUUUUUGCCUACAGAUCCGUCCCACAUCCUAGCUUGGGCUAUUCACCUUUUGAGCUAGUCUAUGGUCAUGAGGUGAAAGGGCCACUGCAGCUGGUGCGCAGACAGUGGGAAGGCGACCAACCUUCACAGCAAACUAAUGUAGUAGACUUUGUCACAAAGCUGCAAAACACGCUCAGGACGGCGUGGCAAGACGCGCACCACAAUCUUCAACAGGCACAACAAGAUCAAAAAGCUUGGUAUGAUCAGUUUGCCAGGGAGCGAUGCUUCCAGCCUGGAGACCACGUUAUGGUCUUGAAAGCAUCUCGGACUAAUAAACUUGAGACGUCCUGGAUAGGCCCAGCCACAGUGCUUGAGCGAAUGGGCACUGUGAACUACCUUAUACAGCUCCCUGACACCGGUCUCAAGCCAAAGGUCUAUCAUGUCAAUUCCCUUAAACCCUUUCACGAAAGGCCGCAGUACCUUCUUGCCCUCGAGGAUCCAGAGGCAGAGGACGAAGAGUGGCCUGAAGGGGCAUUCUACGAUAAGAGGGAAGGAGGCAACCUGGAGGACAUUCAACUUCCCACACGACUUGACUCAACUCAGCGCGCUGAGUUUGCACAUCUAACAUCCAGGUUUGCUUCCCUGUUCUCUCCGAUACCUGGUUUGACCAUGGAUCCUCAACAUGUUAUAGCUGCGGAUGACAACCAACCUUCGGCCGAACAGCCUCGGCGAGUGUCUCCGGUGGCAAAACAGGCAAUAGAAAAGGAGAUCAACGAAAUGCUCGAAAUGGGGAUCAUCCGACCCUCCCGCAGCACUUGGGCAUCACCUGUUGUAUUGGUGCCUAAGAAAGGAGGCAAAGAGAUCCGGUUCUGUGUCGACUACAGGAAACUGAACUCUGUGACACGUCCUGAGCAAUACCCUAUGCCUAGGGUGGACGAACUCUUGGAAAAGCUGGGACGUGCCAAAUAUCUGUCUUCUAUAGACUUGACCAAAGGCUACUGGCAGGUUGCUCUAGCGGAAGAAUCCAAACACCGCACUGCGUUCAUCACCCAUAUGGGCUUGUUCGAGUUCAACGUGCUUCCCUUUGGACUUCGCAACGCUCCAGCGACCUUCCAAAGGCUAGUUGACUCCCUGUUGAGGGGCUGUGGAGACUUCGCUGUAGCCUACCUAGAUGACAUUGCGAUUUUCUCUGACUCCUGGGAAGACCAUCUCAAACAUUUAGAGACUGUCUUUCAGCGCAUUCAAGAGGCUGGCCUUACAAUCAAGGCCAAGAAGUGCCAGUUUGUGCUGGAGAGGGUGACCUACCUCGGACAUGAAGUAGGCCAAGGGACUAUCACACCUUUGCAAGCAAAGGUCGAGGUGAUUCAGGACUGGCCAAGACCGAAGUCCCGAAAACAAGUCCAAUCCUUCCUUGGCUUGUCUGGAUACUACAGGAGGUUUGUACCACACUACAGUCAGAUUGCAGCUCCUCUGACAGACCUUACGGGUUCAAAGAAACCCAAGAUAGUUAAAUGGACUGAAGGGUGCCAGGAGGCUUUUGACACACUGAAGAGGGCUCUGACGUCUGAUCCAGUCUUGAUGGCACCAGAUUUUGAUAAACCCUUUACAAUAGCCACUGAUGCUUCAGACAGAGGCAUUGGUGCUGUCUUGAUGCAAGAGGGCCCAGAUGGCUUCUUACAUCCUGUGCUGUUUCUCAGUAAAAAGUUGUCUGCCAGAGAAUCCAACUGGUCCAUUCCAGAAAAAGAAUGCUAUGCCAUAGUCUACGCCUUAGACAAGCUGAAGCCUUAUGUAUGGGGCCGCCAAUUCACUCUUCAGACCGACCAUGCUGCAUUGCGAUGGCUUCACUCAGUGAAGGGAGCCAAUAAAAAACUGCUCCGUUGGAGUGUAUCCUUGCAGGACUUUGACUUUGACAUUCAACAUGUGCCUGGUACCUCCAAUGUUGUGGCUGACUGUCUCUCUCGCAGAGGGCUAGUGGGCCAAUGAUGCCAACGACACGGCACAUCUGUGAACUACCUGAACUUGCUAUAUUGUUGAACUACCUCAUUUGAGUUGUGAUACUGUGCAUUAUGUGUUUGUUUACAUUUUCUUUCACAGGUACCAGGACCAAGUGGACUUUGGGGGGCGUGUCCAAUGUCUGUCUACAUGCUUUCUCUUUCACAGGUUGAAAUCUCAGCCAGUUUGGUCUCAACUUGCAGUUUCUUCCAAACGGCCGAGAUUUGGGGGGCGUGUGGUGGCU